CCCCAUCCUCCCCGUCGAUCUCCUCCCACCCACGGCCACCUCCCAGUCGCAGCCAGCCAGCCUUCUUUUCUCCGCAGUCGGUCGCAGAAGCAAGCUAUAGAGAGAGAGAGAGAGGGAGGGAGAGUGAUGAGGCCGGAGAGGGGCGGAGGCGGUGUCGCGGCAGAGCUGAUGGCGGGCGGCGGCGCGCGGCCGAGCCUGUGGCGGACGCCGACGCCGUACCUCUUCCUGGGCUUCGCGCUCAUGAUGGGCCUCAUCGUGAUGGCGCUGCUCGCGCUCAUCUGCACGCGCCGCCUGUCCUCCUCGCGGCGCGGGGCCGGCGGCGAGGAGAAGGCGGCGUCGGUGCGGGGGGUGCUCGUGCCGCUCGACCGGGAGGCGCCCGGGGUCGUCGUCAUCAUGGCCGGCGACGCCCUGCCGUCCUUCCUCGCCAGCGCCAAGCCGCUCGCCUCCUUCGCCGCCCCCCGCGCCGACGCCGUGUAGGCGCGCGCGACAACCACCCGCAAGCCGAAACAGAGCGGCGACGCGGGGCCAAUUUUGCCGAGAGUUUGUUCUUUUUUUUUUGUUCUUUGGCUCGGAGUUCUUCCGUGGCGUGAGGCGUGAGAGCGCCAAGCCGCCGCCGCCGCCGGCGGCGGCUGCUUUGAAUGAGAGAUCUGUGAAACGAAGUUUGGUUUGGUUUGUUCCGGCAAAAGCUUCCAGCUUCAAUAAACGCGUACGGCCUUUUUUGUUGGUGGCUGCGUUCAGUAA